AUGUCACCGUACUACGGCCCUGACGAAGACCAGAAGACGAUCGAAUAUGAGCGGAACUUUAUCGCAGGCGACGUUAUAGCGGGGACUGGGUAUGGUGCCCAGCUUGUGCUCUAUGUCAGCUGCGCGCUCUUCCUGUGGAAACGACGGAGGCAUGGCCUCCAGCCCAAGAUUCUCCUGGCCUACAUGACCCUUAUGCUCCUCAUCGAGAGCCUUUUUGUUGCCGUGCAGGCGAGGACGGUGCAGAUGGUCUACAUCGACAAUCGAAAUUACCCGGAGGGUCCUUGGGAGUUUUUCUUAUCCUCACAGACUGCUGCAGUCAAUGUCAUCUUUCUCGCCACACUCUUUCUCAUGACGUUCCUUUCUGACCUUCUUGUGCUUUGGAGAUGCUUGGUUAUCUGGCAGGCGUCGGGCCAAACGACCCUCGCUUGGGUUGUCACGGCCGUUCCCGGCGUAAUGAUAUUCGGCUCCUUCAUUCUUGGCACGCUAUGGACCUUUUAUUCGACCCGCCCCGCGUCCUCGUUCUAUAACACGCUCCCUCUACACAUCGGAACAGCCUACUACGCCGUCUCGCUCGGCGCUAAUGUUAUUCUCACCCUCCUUAUUAUCGGACGGUUGGUCGUAUACCGCCGCACUCUGCUCGACUCCCUCCCGCCUGAACUCGCGAACCACUACAUUUCUCUAGCAACUGUCAUUGUCGAGUCGGCCGCGCUCUACAGCGUGUUUGCCAUCCUCUUCCUUAUAACGUACGCUCUCGACAACCCCACGAACCAAAUCUGGCUGGGGGUGGCCUCAGCGUGCCAGCAAAUCGCCAAUCUUCUCAUCAUCUACCGUUUGGCUGAUGGUAGCGCCUGGCAAAGGGACACACUGACAACGAAGACUGCGCCGAUCCACUUCAAAAGCGGUGGUGGAGGCAUGAUCUCGACGCAUGGCGGCAAUACCAGCUUCCACAUCGCUGCUCCCCCGCCCGUUUCUGCGGGCUCCUCAGAUCCGGAUUCCGACUUCACUGAGACCACUAACAAGCACGAACGCUCUGAAAUUGUUUGA